AGCCGAAGGGAACACUGGUCGAAAUUUAAAAACGCCCUUUAGCUCUGUAGCUUUAGCUGGUGACAGGCAGAUUGGGGUUGUAGUUAUACUUGUGUGUUUUAAGUCUGGAUACCAUGGACCCAUUAAGCGAAGAGGAUACCAAAAUGUAUUUCUAUGAGAACAGGCUGAAAACUUUCGAGGGGUGGCCAUUCAACGAAGACUGCAUGUGCACCCCGGAGAACAUGGCCAAAGCCGGCUUCAUCCACACGCCGUCGGAGAACAGCCCAGAUGUCGCCAUGUGUUUCUUUUGCCUCAAAGAGCUGGAGGGCUGGGAGCCUGAUGAUGACCCAGAAAAGGAGCACAGGUCCCAUUCGUCAUCUUGCCACUUCAUCAACCUGAAGAAAAGCGUAGAAGAGCUGUCUGUCGAGGAAAUCCUCAAACUGCAGAAAGAGAAGCACAAGUUCAUCCUUAUGAAAUCGUGUAAGGAGGCCUUGGCCAGGUUUGAAGAGGCAGCCAAACAGAAAAAGGCAGAUAUCAAGUCAGCCAUGGGAGAAGAAUGACGCCAAAAUAGAUGCAGAUGAAUGAGAUGGGCGUGUGUGAGAGAUUAAUUGUAGCUGUCAAGCCACAGACUGAUUCCUCAGCCAACUAUGGUUUUAACGUGUCUUUCGCCUUUGUUUCUUCUUUGUGAUGUUGUAUAUUUGUUACCUUAAACACUUUCUGUUUCCAUAUGUUUUUAUCCAUUAAACUUGUUCUUCUGGUCACCGUU